CCCAAACCCACACGUCUUCCCCCUUCUCCAGCACUUUACCAUCGUCAUAUCGUUCUAUCUCUCUCUAUUAUCCCCUUUUUCUCUAUAUUCAGCUUGGCAGACUAACCUUUUCAUUACCAGGGUUUUGUGUCGUUGGCGACGCGGCUGUGAGUUUGGCUUGAUUGUGAAUAUUGGGCUUCAAAUCGUCUCUUCACCUUGACCAUUACCACUUUGACUGGCCCGCCAUAGCUGACUUUACUAUCCCCUUUUUCCCUGUUUCUUGUACUUCUUCAAAAGAAGAGAAAUCGAGUGGUGGUGUCAACUGUUGUCUAGCUAGAUCAGCUUGGCGAAGGAACUCCGAGAAAUUGUCCUGUACAAGGCAUCUUUGUCUUCAAAACAUACUCCCAAAAGACUUCCAUAUCUCCUGCACUUGCCAUCGAAGGCAGUCAGGUAGCUUAUACUCAUUCGUGAGGAACCAAGUCUAAUCCCGCUUUUGCGAGUAACAAUUGUGUUCUCUUUUCGGCAGCCUUGUACGGUCGGGAUUUACAUGUACUCUCCUUGAAGCUCAUCGAGCCAGAAGCCUGUGCAUAACGAAAAUCAAGAUCAAUCAUUUACGUCAGAAUUCAGAUAUCCCGUACAGGAAAUUCGCGAGAUGGCUAAUACUGAGGAUGAUAACUUUGACAUUGACAUUUACGGGGACGGUGGGGGUUACAAUGGGAAUGAACAAGAAGGCGACUUCAAGGGCGAAGAAACAGAUAUCAUUCUCGAUGCUUCGGAACAACACCAGAAUGGUGAGGUAAAUAACGAAGGAACGGGUGAGAAGUACAGUAAUGGUAAUGGCCAGGCCGAGAAUGGCAGUCACAAGAUAUUUAAGACUGGAGAAUCUAGUACCGCAACACCCCAGCCUGCGAAACCGCCUCAAGCCCAGUCUCAACCUCCAGCGCCACCACAGCAAGGGGUGAAGCGAAAAGAGAGUCAUGAUGAUCGAACUGCGGAUCCCGAUGCUACUACUGCACUAUUUGUUUCUGAUCUAUACUGGUGGACUACAGACGAUGAUAUUAGAGGCUGGGUGAAUCAAGCGGGUGUUGAAAACGAGCUUAAAGAUGUCACGUUUAGCGAGCAUAAGGUGAACGGUAAAAGUAAAGGACAAGCGUUUGUUGAAUUCAAAUCGCCCCAGGCUGCAACGGCCGCCAAACAUAAAAUUGAAUCUUUCAACACGCAACAAAGCUCAAGAAAACACACCGUCACGUAUACACAUCCUCACACCAAUCCAUUCCGUACGUUACCAAAGGAUAACCCUAUGCGCGGUAAGGAUGAUCGACAAGCGCGUUCCGGAUCGACUGGCAGCUUCGGUUCCCCUUCAACCCAAAGCUCCAGUUUCGGCAUGAGCAGUGGCGGUGCUUAUCGCGGGGGUCGCGGUGGAGGCUACAAUCGCGGCGGCAUGACUGGAGGGUUUAACGCUAAUCGUAGCUUCUCCCAGCCGAUGGGAGCUGGGAACUUCCAAGGUGGUGCCAUGGGCGGCGGGUUCCAAACCGCCCCAGUUGGCGGCAUGCAACCUUACGGCGGCUUUAAUAACCGUGGCGGCAUGAUGGGCAAUAUGCGAGGUGGUCCCGGCGGUAUGCGGGGAGGUCGGGGAGGUAUGGGAUCUGCGCCGAAUCCUAUGAUGCCGGUUGGUGGGGUUGCUAAUGUUGGUGGAAUGGGUGCGAUGGGCAUGGGCGGCAUGCCGAUGGGAGGCAUGCCCAACCAGAUGGGCGGGAUGAUGGGUGGUAUGGCAGGUAACAUGGGAAUGCAAGUUCAAGGCGGCUUCCAAAACCAAAAUCCUCAUUUCAAUCCUGCAUUCUUUGGCCAGCCUCAUGGCGGCAACGACGGCGCUUGGAACCCACAUGGCGUGAAACGAACCCGCCAGGAAUAAAACCCAGAAUAACCUCAUCUUAUUGUUUCACUCUGGCUUCUCUUAUCAGAUGCUUUCUUAUUGCCUUCGACUCGGAUAUUCGGUUUCCUUCAAUCCUGCUUUUCUUUUCCUCACCUCUGAACCAGCCGAAAUUGUCCUCGCUUCAAGUCAGCUUUUCCAUCUUCAGAUUCUUCUCCAUUUCCAUCAAGUUGAUUUCCUACCGUUUUUAUUCUAGGUUGUAUUAAGGGAAUUCAGAUAACUUUCUUGUUUUCUUGUUCUUCUGCUCUUUUUUAUUUUUAUUUUUUAUAUGCUCUACUCCAUCUUCGUCCUUCACAAAUGGCCCUUGUAUACUGGCCAUGCUCAUUCAAAGUGUUCAUGACCUCUUUUCUCCCUUUUCUCCCUCUCUCCGCGCGUUCCUAAUCCUUCAUAUUAUUAACACUACCUUCCCACGACUUCCUCAUUCUUUAAGUAGCUCUUGGUUCGCCAUUUCUAUACCUUGGUAGGUGGUAUGGCCGCUGCACGUUGCUUAAACCUACCUCGAGAAUAUUUUUUUACGCGAUUAUGAUGUGGCAAUUUAUUCAGCCUUGGUGGUUUUCUCUUUCUAUUUGUUUGGGUCUCAUUGUCUUUCCUUUGCAGGCUUCCUUUGCAGGCUUCCUUUGCUUCGUUCGUUUUCUUUCUCUCGCGUUUAACCAGGCUAGCAUUCCUCAGGUGGGACCCGACAGAAUUAAUCUGAUUGUAAAAUUUGGAUAUUUUUGGAGCCCUUCGUGUACAUGUUGCCUAUGUUAUUUCUUCUGGUAUCCAUUGGGGUCACCGACGCAAAAUAUAUUACACCGAGAUCUACUCACGUUCCGCUCGAAGACUUCAAGGAUAUACCUAAAUGAGGCUUCACAUUUCAUUCUGCUGCAAAAAUCUGACAUUUGAUACAUAAUGGAAAAGGGGGGGAAAACGAGUGUGGCAACCAGUGCGAUGUCUGUAUGGACCCUUCCGGGCGCACAGACGAAUUACGUGGGUAAUAAUCAUCGUGUUCAACAUCAUUCCUUCCUCCAAGACCUUCCCUCCCGCCUCGUUAAAUUUCCCUCAGGUCUUGGCUCUGCAGGUCUUCCACACAUAUCAAUCCCAUGGGGUCUGUUUCGAACCGAACAUCUCUGGAUAGCGCCUCAAAUCGAAUGCCGCAUGACACCGCCCUACCCGUGCGGAGAAAAGAGUGUGAUACUUCCAUUGUCCCUCAAUACUCGGUGAAUAUGUCUUCGAUGUUCCUGUACCUAAUUAUCGCCAUCUCGAAAUCAGGGGAAAAGGUGACCGACCACCCCUGGGGGGGAGAAACCUCCGGUAGAUUACUCAAUUUAUGUAAAGCCGACUUUACGCCUUUCAUUUUCUGUUCAGAAAAAUCUCUCUCCAGUUCGCGGGAAUCGGCUCAUCUGGAUGUUUCGCCUCCAUGUGUCUCUUGAGGUUUUCUCCUCGACUGGUCUCAUAGUCCCCGCUGGGGCACCGAUAACGUUUCACCAGCCCGGGGAAUGAUUCCCCGUGGACACUCCCGAGGUGUCUCUGAAGGUCCCGCUCCCGAGCGAACUUUUUGGUACAGUUGGGGACUUUGCAAGGCCAAUCCUUUACAUGAUAUUUCGCAUGUUUUCUUCAGCCAGAGGACGACGGGGGGGAAUCGUAUGUAUUAGCUAAAUAUCUCUUGAAAAUGGAAGAGGGGAAAGGGGUAGGGAUAUCUACCGGAGAUCGCAUCGACGUUUCAACUCUUUCCCGCAGUGCAAACAGAAAAGUUUCAACGUACGGCUUUCACCUUCACUUAAGGAGUGAGCCGGACUUUGUCCGGAUGGUGAACAGGUAUCGUUUCGUACGGUGGUAGCUGGCUGGGCUUCGUCAGCCGUACAACGCAAGAAAUCCUCAAUUUCGCAGCCUGCCAAAUAUGAAGAGGAGUAAUCUAAUGACGACUCCGAAAGGGAGUAGUAAGCGUCGUCCUGGGUUAUAUCCUGCUGCCGACCUGGUAUGGGAGAGUUAUAAUAAGCUCCCUCUUCAACUUCAGGGGAUCGGCUAAGCGUGAGAACCCUAGGAUCGAUGAAUCCCUCUGUGAAUGGCUCCUUUGGGUCAGGGUCGAAUUGGAAUAUUGAUGGAUUUUCUUGAAGGUAUUCUAUGGUUUUGAGCGCGGUGCUCGCAAAACUAAGGAAUGGAAUAGGGGGAUAAUAGGAAUAAAAGAACGUAUGGAUGCAAGUUAAAGUGCAAGCAAGAAAUAUAGAACUGAGCUGAGCAGCACAAAAUGUAUAAUGCACUAUUGAAGAAAGGAAAUCCCCUGUAUUUCUUCAAGAGAAAGCAGAGGAAGUAGAGGCCUUUUAUACAGAGGAAUUGGCUGAGCAAGGCGGAUUGAGGCCUCCAACUGCUGCGGGGCGAGGCUUGGUAUUUCAUGCCAACACGGCGAAGCGCCCUGAUGAAAAGAUCCAAUCAGAGCUGACGACGUUCCCUGUAAGUGCAUCUUUUAUGCAAGCUAAAAUUCCUGGAUCUUGGAGGCCCUGACGACCGACCGACGACUCACAAACACGCCAGAACAAUUGAGACGGCCAGUCCUGUUUUCAAUUGAUUUCCUCUCUCCUGGGGUCCAGAAGAAACUUAAAGGGACUUUACCCGUAGACCAUGAAAAUGCCGCGCGUUCGUCAACGCAAGAACGCGAUUUCUGCAUCUUACUAGAGUCAGAAAGCCUCUUCCUAUUGACGCCUUGCGCAAUGGCCUGGGGGGUUUGGGGAUAAACACGCAAAGACCGCAAAGCUUUAGCAAGAAUAGGGAUGGAGAUUCAGAUUUGCGACAAGAUCCUGUGAGUAUGAUGUAUAUAUGAAUGUUGUGUAUGAAACUUGUGCAUCCAUCAUUCAUCGCCAUGCUCUUGAGGCUGAGCAACUUUGAUGUUGUAAGACUCUGAGACAUCCAUCCCUUUUUAACCCAGAUUUGAAUCUAUUAUUUAUUUUGAAUGGAUGUCAUAUCUCAGUCUGGCGCCGAAGCGUGCGUGGUUUAAUCUCCUCGGUGAAGCGGAACAAAAAUAUCAAGCUCAAUGUCUAAGUCGCGAAGGCACCAGCGGAUUGAGUUAAAGUUAGGGACUAAACUGCCGUCUCUAUUGUCCAUUAGAACAAUAUUCGCA